CCCCCCCCCCCCUCGUGUAAUGUCCACCACCACGCGUUUCACUGCACCGUUUCUCUGUUUCUCUUCUCGUUCAAUUUUCCGGGGCAUAUUUACAAAUAGAACCCAGAUCUAAUCUCGUCAAAUUUCGCCCGAACGCGAGUGGAUCCGCUGUUUGUUCGAGGGAGAUGAAAGAAUCGCGUACUCAUCCUUUCCUUCGAGGAGAGACGCGGCGCGGAGCCAUCUGCCGCCCGCGACUCUCCGUAACAGAGGUGGAUAUUUACCUCCGCGCUAUUAUCUGGCCGCGUGUCGCCUGCGCUCAUUAGCCGGCGGCGCCGCGGCACCGACGCGUGUUCCUUUGUAGCGCCGGGUGCGUCUCCUCUUAUCGGCCCCCGACGCCGGCGAUCAAGGUCACCGCUCAAGCCGCUUACCCCGAAUUUAGAAACAUGGCAUUUCAUUUAUCUGCCCCGCGGCCUUGGAACAAUCUGCAAUUAUUUUACAUUCAUAAAUUCCAAAUGAACUGGCCGAGGAACAGAGCGCUGAUGGAGUAAUAUUACUCUGCGUAACCCCGCUGCCCCUUUUGUUCCCCGUCAGACGUGACUUCAUGCAUCAUCCAGCGGGUCCUGUUUGGUCAAUUUCAAGAAUGUGGGAUUUCGGUGAGAGCCUAAUUGUGAAAUAUGUCACAGUCCUACUAACAACGGAGCCGGAGUCACGUCUAAAGUUGUGAUUAAUUAACAGUGGGGGGUCCCGCCGUGCAGGAGCUCCAGAGCAGCUCACUGAGCCUCCAGGGUGUGAGGAAGCAGCAGCACACACCCACUCACUGUCUGCACGACACUGGACAGUGAGCGAGCAGCAUCGGGCCGGAAUCAGAGUCCGGUUCUACUGGUGGCACGGCCGCUGGGACCCGCUGACAGGCAGAACCGUCGGCCGCCACCCCGCUUCACGCGCAGCCUUUUCACUCUCAAACCACCAGGUUCCAGCCAAUGAUUCAAUAAAGCACGUGGGUGGUGCACAGGUGCUGCUGAGCAACAAGCAUUUUGGAAUUUAUAAUAAGCUCGCACAGGCUAAUAUUAUUCUCCCUCAUCGUUUGGCUAUUUUUAGGCGCGCGGAGCCGUAUGUGGAGGGAAUGAGUUCAUCUGCGGCCUCGUGCUCCGUGUUCAUAUAUCAGACGGGGAACGGUCGAACGCCUGCUGCAGACGUUCAUGGUCCCUGAGGCUGAGCCUUUGUUCAUCCUCCAGCGCCACCGAGAGGCCGGAGGGUUUAAUGCAUGCAGAGUACAUACAUACAUAGCUGGCGCCUGAACAUUAACGCACUGCUGAUGUUACAGCAGCAUGUAGCUUAAAGCACAACAUCCAAAACCUUCGAGGGCUGUCUCAUAUUUAUGUACAUUUAUCUGGGUUUUUCCUGUUUAAUGGGGGACUUGAAGGAUGAAGUUAGUUUAAAAGUGCGUAGUUCAAAUCUGUCACGGCCAAAUGUCAUUCUUCAAAUAAUGACACUGCGCAAAUUUAAUUCUGAAAAACUUUUAAUGACUGACUUCUUGCUUCAUUAAACCAGCUAUGAAUCAGACUGAGUGCAAUAAAAUACAAAGGGAUUUGACAACUUUGAUUGCGUUGUUGGAUCAUUACUGAAUAUUCUCAUUUGGCAGACGACUGGGAGGUCAUGUACGUUUCAUAAACAGUAAUGAUCUAUAGCGCUGCCUGCUCAUCAUGUGAGCAGGAUGGGUGAAGAACCUUAUGAGUAUAAAUCUGUCCAAUGUGUGAGCCAGGAGUGUUGUUCCUCUUUAAUCUGCGUUUCAGGUGGACGGUUCGGCCCAGCUGCGCUGGUGCGUGGGUGGACUACAGACUGCUGCAGGGCUCUCAACAUGAGGAGCUUCAUCGGCAUGACGGCAAAUGGCGAGAUAUUGAUUUCGGCAUCUUUCAAACUCAGCAGUCCGCCUCACUGCAUGGGCGGCUCAGGCAGACCCUAACAUCUGAUUGUUCAAGAAGUCCCCCCCACCCCCAACCCCAAAUAAUCUAUGUACUGUUAUUAGUAAUGUGCUCACUGGUUUGUUAGAGUGCUUUUUUAUGCUUAUCCACUUUGUUGCAGCCUAAUUUAAUCAUUGCAUUUAAUAAAAAAAGAUUUUACAUGCGUUAUUGAAUAAUAAAGUCCCUGGUGCAAUGACAUGAGUAGAUAAACUCUAAUUGACUGUUGAGCUUCAGUCAAUAACAAAUGUGUAUUGACAGAGUUGUGUAAUGGAUUAAGUGUAGAAACACUGUGUGUUACGUUUACUCACACAGAAAGAUCCUGAAGUGACAGCUUCAACAACUAAACAUGGUCCAUAACGUGCAAUAGAUUAAGCAUCGUGAUAAACACUGGACCUUUAUUACACUUGCAGUAGCUUUUGCUUUGGUUGUGGAUGAAGCAGUGUAUUAUUCAACAUACUGGGGGUCAAAUACUUACUGGUGCAAAACAAGAGGAAGACAGUAGAAUAAGUGAUCAUAAUAACCAAUCCAAUGAAAUAACAGCUAUAUUGCUCCAAAGUUGACACUGUGGGCGAAUUAAAGUUGUUUAUUGUGAAAAUCUAUGAAAUGUGAAUGCUUUUGAAUCAUGACAGAUGAAAACACACUAUUUGUACAAAACUAGAUGUUGGUUUUACCUGAUUUUUAAAGUGUGAUCUGACAAAAAGUGAAUAAAUUAUUAGAACUGGAUCAUUAUGAUCCAAUAAAAGCAAAGUCUUUAAAUCAGCAGCAGUUAAAAGUGGCAAGAAAUAGCAAUGAAACUUGAGUGAGUUUGGAGCUGCGGCUACAGGUUAUCCACGCACCGGGGAGCGGCUCCCUCAUCCCCAUCCAGUCACGGGUUGCUUCCCAGUACAUUGUCUUACAGGUUGACAGCUGACAAGGUGAGUGACGCUCGUUACGGAAGCGUUUCUGAAUGAAAAGUCAUGUGGGGCGGACAGUGACUGGUGGCGAUGACGCACGCGGAGUGAUGCUGAAGCUGGGUGAGGUGAUGUGAGGAUGGGGAUGGUUGGUCGGGAGGUGGUGGCGGCGGUGGUGGUGGACGGUGGGGGGAGAAAGUGGCACGAAGAAAAAGCAGUGACUCAUCCGGUGCUCAUCAUCAUGUGAAGAGACUCGGAGCACCUGAAGGUCGGACGUUUAUAGCAGCAGAUGUGAGGGCUCUCCGUGAUGAGCGCAAUUGGCUUUCACUUCGCCUCCUGGUGCGAGUCCGCUUCCACAACCGCGUCCGAACGUGGCUGAGGGAGGCGGUCGGGAUGUGGAGAUCCAACUCAAAGUUAGGCCGCCGCUGAAUCCUUCUGGUCGCCUUCGAGCCGAGGGGACCUGGCCGGCGGAUCAUCCCGACCGGAAGAGCGGCUCCUCUCAUCACGUCCCCAUAAUAAUGAACCUGGAUCCCGUGCGUCUGAUUCCGAGAACAUGUGGCGCUUCUCUGAGUCUACCUGCACAGGACGCUGUCGAGCAUCAGCCUAGUCGCGGCGUAGAUGGCUCCCGUGCUCGACAACAUGACCCCAGCUCCUCUGACGCACAACUGCUCCAACUGCAGCCAGGCUCUGGUGCCCGAGCUCAACGUGGCCAAGGCCGUGGCUCUGGGGCUGGUCCUCGGCGUCUUCAUCGCUUUCGGGGUGGUGGGCAACAUCCUGGUCAUCCUCUCCGUGGUCUGCCACCGCCACCUGCGCACGGUCACCCACUACUUCAUCGUUAACCUGGCCGUGGCCGACCUGCUGCUCAGCUCCGCCGUGCUGCCCUUCUCGGCCAUCCUGGAGAUCCUGGACCGCUGGGUGUUCGGCAGGGUCUUCUGCGACGUUUGGGCGGCCGUGGACGUGCUCUGCUGCACCGCCUCCAUCAUGAGCCUGUGCGUGAUCUCCGUGGACCGCUACAUCGGCGUCAGCUACCCGCUGCGCUACCCGGCCAUGAUGACCAAGCGCCGGGCCCUGCUGGCGGUGCUGCUGCUGUGGGUGCUGUCGGUGGUCAUAUCGGUGGGACCCUUGUUCGGCUGGAAGGAGCCGGCGCCGGAGGACGAGUCCGUGUGCAAGAUCACGGAGGAGCCCGGCUACGCCAUCUUCUCCGCCGUGGGCUCCUUCUACCUGCCUCUGGCCGUCAUCCUGGCCAUGUACUGCCGGGUCUACGUGGUGGCCUACAGAGAGAGCCAGGGCCUGAGGGAGGGCCACAAGACGGAGAAGUCCGACUCGAAGGGGGUGACGCUGCGGAUGCACCGGGGGAACGCCGCCAUCUCGGAGGACGAGGCCCUCCGCAGCCGCACGCACUUCGCCCUGCGGCUGCUCAAGUUCUCGCGGGAGAAGAAGGCCGCCAAGACCCUGGGCAUCGUGGUGGGCUGCUUCGUGCUGUGCUGGCUGCCGUUUUUCCUGGUGCUGCCCAUCGGCUCCAUGUUUCCUGCUUACAGACCUUCAGACACUGUGUUCAAGAUCACCUUCUGGCUCGGUUACUUCAACAGCUGCAUUAAUCCCAUCAUCUACCCAUGUUCCAACCAGGAGUUUAAGAAAGCCUUCCAGAGUCUGCUUGGAGUGCACUGUUUGAGACCGACUCCCCGGCCGCACGGCCAUCACCUGAGUGCCGCUCACGCUCAGCCUCAAGGUCACGGCCAGGCCCCGACGCUGGUCCUGGACACCAGAGGGGCCCCCUGUCGCCUGAGCCCCUCGUCCUCCAUGGCCCUGUCCCGAACCCCCUCCUCCAGGGACAGCAGGGAGUGGAGGGGCUUUUCCGCGGGCCCCACGAACAGGCCUGGACCCACCGAGGCGCACAGGGCCAAAGUGGCCAAAUUCUGCACGAAGAGCUUCCGCCGGACCUGCUGCUGCGUCCUCAGCGGCGAGGCCCCCCCGCAGGGGUCAGACUGCGCCCAGCCCCCGCCUGCCGGGAACCUUCCCACCAUUAAGAUCCACCAACUGUCCCUGUCUGAAAAAGGAGAGCCGGUAUAACCGCCAUAAUCCUUCAUCCAUUAGUCAUGAAUCCCUAAUCGGGUCACAGAAGAGGAUAGAUCUCCUCUUGCUCCGUUAGCGCCACAAUGGAUGAGCUGUGUCAUCAUGGCAGCUGUAUUUCAGCUUUAAUAUUUCUCCGUGUGUGUUUAUUUCUGGACGUAACAUUGCAACUGUACAAAGAAUUCCCAGUCACAGAACAACCCCUUUAAGCCGAACUAUGUCCUUACCGUGACAGUGACGGACAUGAGUUUCAAACAGCGUACUGUAAGUGCUGCCCUGAGGUGGACCAAAUCUGAAAAUGUUUUUUAGAUGUUUACACAUUUUAUAUUAUGAGAGAGAGAGACGUUCAUAUGCACAUGUCCAAGUGUAAAUAGGAAAGUUUUAUAUGUUGCAUGAUUUCACUGGAUAUUUUAAAAAAACACUGAUUCGCAAAGUCUCCGGAAUCUGUAAUAGCACUUUCUGUCGUCCAGAUGUUGUUUGUGUACUGCUCUGUACACGCUGAACGCUACGAGACCUUACAUACUUCCGUGUCACAUUAUAAUAAAUUUGUAUAACGUA